UUGUCGAACAAGACAAUAUCUGCCGAGGAGAUGAGCUGAUAGUUGAUGUGACAGCCUUGCACGUGGUCAGAAUACCUAUAAGUGGAUUUACGCUGUUGCUCCCCUCCGUCCUGUCCAUCAGUCCGAGAUUAGAGCGUGGAAUAGCUAUCGCCAUGGCCCAUACUGCAGUCCCAUCAGGCAAACCCCAUUUAAAUCUCAAGAACGGCCAAGUCACCAGAGAAUGCUCAACGAGUGGUCCAUCGUUACAAGAAACUUUACGUCACAACUCCCACGGGAUUUCGACACAACAAACCUAUAUCGACAGCGAGAGAUCCAACAGAUCGAUCGAGCGUCAGACUGGGGCCUCUGCUUUACAUCUUGUGAGCCAAUCACUGCAAGCACCAGGCGAACAUGAUCCCAUUCCCCAAGCUUCGGUUACUGUUAGAGCUGCUUCUCCAAGAACAAUUCAAAUCAACGAGACACAGGUUUUGCUGGAAAUGCAAGACCGUAGUCAGUCGGACGAUACAACACCAGACCGACACCGUACAUCUCUACUCCAGCUAUUCCAAAUCUGGAGGUGGGAAAUAUUCAGUUGGCUCCUGGGCGCAAUUGGCUUCCUGGCAAAUAUCACACUUAUUUCCGUCUCAAAUGGAGUGCUACAAAAGGACUGGAAGUCAGAUAUUUCGAUUACGGCAUUCGUUGCAGCACUCGCACAAGUUUCUCAGUCGGCCUUGCUGGUCCCAACUGCCUCUUCUAUUGCUCAACUGAAAUGGAAUUGGGUCUUCUCUAUUCGCCGCCCGGCUAUGGAUAUAGAAUGAUUCGAUCUAGCAAGUCGUGGUCCAUAUGGGAGUAUACGCCUCCUUUGGUAUUUGGCUUUCAAACAGAAUUUGGCUUCACUUGGUGCAUUGUCUACCAUACUGCUGCUAGCGUUUCCAACAUUUGUGCAGCAAGCUGUGCAGGU